CUGGCACAGCUGCCGGUGCCUGCUGUGUAUACUGUAUACGCCACCCGUGACGCUCGCCCCUCCGGGUCGGCCCAUGUUGCCCGUUCAGACCGGCCAGAGAUGGCUGCCGCGCCGGGACUCCCGCUGCUGUUGCUGCUGCUGCUGGCGCUCGGUGCGUCGGCGGCACCGCUGGCUGAACACAGUGAACAGGUUACUGCUGACAGUGAGCAGGCGGCGAACAUCAUCCUGCAGUAUGGCGGUGCCGGUGACGCGCUCCCGGCUCGGGUGCAGCUGGACCGCGGUCGGAGGACGGUGGUCGUCACCGUCGACGGCGUCGGCACCAGCCUGUACGACUUUGGACAGGGGGUCGCCUCGCACCUGACACUGGCCGCCGACGGCUGCACUCUGGAGCGUCUGACCAUCGGGGAGACGGUGUCCGACUCGGAGCGAUGGCUGGACUGGGUGCGGAGCCAGGCGGCCACGCCCCGGCCCCGGAUCGUCUUCACCUGGGACGCCAGCCCCGACGACACCCAGCUCGGAGACACCCUGAUUAAGUUCUGCGAGGGCCGUCGGCUAUCCUGGCUGGCGGAGCGAGCGCCAAACUCAGUUCCCGAAGAUCUCGUCCAGAUGGCAGUACUGUCGCCCAACUUUGCCGAAAACGCCAAUGGCCUGCUCGCGAGACGGAAGCGGAACGUAGCCGGCGGCCGCUGGUCGGGCACGGCCAUGUCCUCGUGGAGCCACUAUGGCGACGGCCAGGGUUUCGGACGCGCCGUCGCCGUACCGCUCAAGGCCGAGACUGAAGUCCGUGGUCAACACGGCGCCGGGCUGGCCGCCGCUGCCUCAUCGGUGGGCGACUGCUCCGGCUGCGGCGGCGGCGCCGCGGCCGGCCUGCCCUCCAUGACGGCGUACGUGGCUCCGGGACAGGCGGGCGGGACCAUAGGGAUGGCGGACGGUUCUAUGAGGCCGGACGGCGCCGCUGAUGUAUCGCUACCGAUCACAGGGCCCUUCCCCGGUGCCACCGGAGGAUGGCCAGGCAUGCCUGGAGGGCCUGGAACACAGCCUGGAGGACCUGGAUGGCCGGGCCAGCCCGCAGGACCUGGUACCCAGCCUGGAGGACCUGGGUGGCCAGGCCAGCCCGCAGGGCCUGGAAUGCAGCCUGGAGGACCUGGAUGGCCAGGCCAGCCCGCACGACCUGGAACCCAGCCUGGAGGCCCUGGAUGGCCGGGACAGCCUGUAGGACCUGGAGGACCUGGAACCCAGCCUGGAGGCCCUGGAUGGCCAGGACAGCCUGUAGGACCUGGAGGACCUGGAACACAGCCUGGAGGACCUGGAACUCAGCCUGGAGGACCUGGAUGGCCGGGACAGCCUGUAGGACCUGGAGGACCUGGAUGGCCAGGCCAGCCUGGAGGACCUGGAACCCAGCCUGGAGGCCCUGGAUGGCCGGGACAGCCUGUAGGACCUGGAGGACCUGGAACUCAGCCUGGAGGACCUGGAUGGCCGGGACAGCCUGGAGGGCCUGGAUGGCCGGUACAGCCUGGAAGGCCUGGAACAAUGCCUGGAGGACCUGGAUGGCCAGGACAGCCUAUAGGACCUGGAGGACCUGGAACACAGCCUGGAGAACCUGGGACUCAGCCUGGAGGACCUGGAUGGCCGGGACAGCCUGUAGGACCUGGAGGACCUGGAACUCAGCCUGGAAGACCUGGAUGGCCAGGACAGCCUGUAGGACCUGGAGGACCUGGAACACAACCUGGAGGACCUGGAAUACAGCCUGGAGGACCUGGAACUCAGCCUGGAAGACCUGGAUGGCCAGGACAGCCUGUAGGACCUGGAGGACCUGGUUGGCCAGGUCAGCCUGCAGGACCAGGAACCCAGCCUGGCGGCCCUGGAUGGCCGGGACAGCCUGUAGGACCUGGACGACUUGGAACACACCCUGGAGGAUCUGGAUGGCCGGGACAGCGUGGAGGACCUGGAACAAUGCCUGCAGGACCUGGAACAAUGCCUGGAGGACCUGGAUGGCCAGGCCAGCCUGGGGGACCUGGAACCCAGCCUGGAGGCCCUGGAUGGCCGGGACAGCCUGUAGGACCUGGACGACCUGGAACACAGCCUGGAGGACCUGGGGCUCAGCCUGGAGGACCCGGAUGGCCGGGACAGCCUGGAGGGCCUGGAUGGCCGGUACAGCCUGGAAGACCUGGAACAAUGCCUGGAGGACCUGGAUGGCCGGGGCAGCCUGGAGGACUUGGGACUCAGCCUGGAGGACCUGGAUGGCAAGGACAGCCUGGAGGACCUGGAACAAUGCCUGGAGGACCUGGAUGGCCGGGACUGCCUGCAGGACCUGGAUGGCCGGGGCAGCCUGGUGGACCUGGAACUCGUCCUGUAGGGCCUUGGGAACUGACAUGGCCUGGAACUCAGCCCGGGGCAGCAGGAACAGUUGCCGAAGGCAAGAGAUGCGUCAUGGUAAUCUGCUUUGUUUUACAUGUGUAGGCUGAAUGCCGGAAAAUGUUUGCUACGGCUUGACGCCUUAUGACGCCAGUUGCCACCUAGCAACACCAGGAGCCUUGCAUCCUGGUCAUAUCAUGAUUACUAUAGGGUGACGAUCUUCGUUGGUAGGUAAUAUAAAAUGUGCACUA